AUGAAUCGCCACCACGAUCCUAACCCGUUCGAUGAAGAAGAAGUCAAUCCGUUUUCGAACGGAGGUGCUGUUGCUCCUGCACGACCACUGGCGUCCGAACCUCUGGGAUUUGGGCAGAAACAUGAUGCUACAGUGGAUAUACCUCUGGAUACAAUGAAUGAGCCCAAGAAAAAAGAGAAGGAGCUUGCAGCUUGGGAAGCUGAUCUUAAAAGAAGGGAAAAGGACAUAAAGCGAAGGGAAGAUGCUAUUUCCCAAGCUGGUGUUACUGUAGACAAUAAGAAUUGGCCACCAAUUUUCCCAAUCAUACAUCAUGAUAUAGCUAAUGAGAUACCAGUUCAUGCUCAAAGGCUGCAAUAUCUUGCAUUUGCAAGUUGGCUAGGCAUUGUUCUUUGUCUUGUUUAUAAUGUUAUUGCAGUGAUUGUCUGUUGGAUUCAAGGCGGGGGUGUUAAAAUUUUUUUCCUUGCUAUAAUCUACAUGUUGCUUGGAUGUCCUCUUUCAUAUGUUUUGUGGUACAGACCUCUAUAUCGAGCAAUGAGGACAGAUAGUGCUUUGAAUUUUGGUUGGUUUUUCAUGUUUUACUUGCUCCACCUUGGGUUUUGCAUAUUUGCUGCAAUAGCUCCUCCUGUUGUCUUUCAUGGGAAGUCAUUGACCGGUGUCCUGGCGGCCUUCGAUGUUAUCUCUAAUCAUUUGGUGGCAGGGAUUUUCUACUUUGUUGGCUUUGGGCUGUUUUGCUUGGAGUCGCUGUUAAGCCUGUGGGUUCUUCAGAAAAUAUACUUGUACUUUAGGGGCAACAAGUGAGAGAUUGAAUUGAGGCUUGGGCUCCUAGUUGGAUUUUUUGGUGAUGCCGCGUCUCAUGGUAGUUUUAGUAUAUAUAUAUAUUUUUACACAUUAUAUUGUGUUUAUCAUUUUAUAAUUGUUGUUUGCAUCGAUACAAUGGGUUUGUAUGCUGAGUAGAUUCUAGGAAAUUACUGUGUCACUGCCUUCUGAGAGUGGUCUUUAAUUAAUUUCCAAAUUCUUUUACCACACCAA